GCACAAAUGAUGAGGCCAGAAUGCGUGAACCACACGUGGAUGCCCUGGACCCAUGAAACGAGCGUCAUUAUUAUUCUUACAUGUACCGCAGCGACUGAAUUGGCCAGAUUGAAGAAGUGAAUUUUCAAUGAGCCACUAUCUGCUACAUCGUGCAAUGCACAUGUCCAAAUAUAUUGGCAUGCACUCUAUUGCCAACUCCCCGUUCAAGUGCUACCUCGAUACUUAGUCUACCUGUACCUAUUUUCUGGGCACUCUUCACGAGAUGCAGCAUCCAGAUGACGCACCAGACAAGGGUGCCAACCGUGAUGUUGUUUCCUGGUGUCGGGAUACCGUAUGGCUUGGCGGCCCACACAAUGGGUACCGUCUCUGCCUUUCUCUCGCGGAGUACGAUGCGUGCCGCCGGUAUCGGCGUCGUCCAUAUUCCCCUACAUCGGACCACGAUAUUGGCUUUGAGGAAGCAGCCCUUUUCCAAAGUCUCCUGACUUUCGGACUAGUCGAGGCCGUUACAGGGCAGAAGCUGCGAGAAGAGCAGCUCAUUCGCACCUCGCCCACCGGUGAGAGGGUCAUCAGCUGCGAGAAUCUUUCUCCCGUCCUCGCAGACUUUCGACGGCGCCUGAAUGACCUCAAAGAAGACAGGUCCGCCUUGCAGGUUUGGCACGACCAAAUCGAGGACACGUUGAUGCAAGCGCAGGAGCUCUUGCUGACCGGUUUUAUGGAUGCGGAGCAGAACUUACUCCAUGGCGUUGGAUUGGAGGAAGGGACCAUUGGCAAGAUUCAGUAUAUGAUUGCUGCUAUAGGGGAAGCCCUAACCCUGUCUCGGCUGUUCAAACAUUACACGUCGCUUGAAGGCACUCGUGCUCCUCAUUGGGGAUGGGCACGUAAAUACCGGUCCAAAGACGUAUACGGCGAAGAAAUGCGUGCGAGGGGGUGGUGUCCAUUCACCAUCGAGACAUUUACGGAUAGACUAUGCGUUCUGGGGUACGCGCAUAGUCAGCCUCCACCUUUUCGCCCGACGACAUAUCGUUCACACGAAACCUGUACAAUGCUGCUCUGCAAGGCGAAUGAUGUCGUUCCUGGAACCUAUCGCACUCGCCACGUCUCGGAAGACUGCGGAUGUUUAUUUCACAAACCUCCACUAUCACAAGUCACUGCUGCCAUUUUAGCCGAACAGAUUCCUGUAAUCAAGGUUAUCGGCUCCGAUGAUCAACCGCUGCAGGUCAUCUGCAUGUCCAGCGAUAACACUCCCUAUGUCGCCAUUUCGCAUGUGUGGGCUGAUGGGCUUGGGAGCACUACCGAGAGCGGGCUGCCUACCUGUCAGCUGCAACGACUAGCGGCUCUGACAGAGUCGUUGAUGCCAGGAGCACCUUUCUGGAUCGACUCACUUUGCAUCCCAGAGGAUCGUACUUCGCGCAAGCAAGCCAUCAGAAUGAUGGCCCGCACUUACAGCGAAGCACAGGUCGUGCUAGUAAUUGAUGCCGGCAUAUAUUCGUGUCCAGUCGACGCUCCGAUAGAGCGAAGGCUGUUAGCAAUCAGGGCGUCGGCAUGGGUUCAGCGACUUUGGACAUUACAGGAAGCCCUUCUGGCACGAGAGUUGAAGUUCCUUUUCGGUGGAUGCGUGGUAGACUUCAAAGACUUUCUCAAAGCAGGGAACGACGACGACACGAACCUUGAUCCAGUGCAAACACCCCUGCUCCUGGAAGUUGCCCGGCUUUGGAGCCAGAGGAAACGGAUUCAGAAAGACUUCAAGCUCAGUCUUUCCGAAGUCGUCCAGUCGCUUCAGAGGCGCACAUCGAGUAAGAUAGAGGACGAGCCUCUAGCAAUUGCGAGCUUACUCGGUGUCAACGUAAAGAAAAUAGUCGACACGCCACGCAGUGAGCGCAUGAAGGCGCUGCUGUUGGACCUCCAAACAAUACCUUCUAGCAUCAUCUUCAUACAUGAUGGAGAGAAGCUCAAGAAUCCAGGAUUUGGCUGGGCACCUGCAUCGUUCAUGAUUGAUGCUGUAGCAUCCGCGACGGAGGAGACUGCUUAUUGCACAUCUGAUGGUCUGAUCGCCAAUUAUUACUGCCUCCACAUUGACUCCAUGACCUUUGGUGCAAAGGGGCCUUAUUGCCUGCUGGACAAAGUGAAUCGCUGCGGCUUCUGGCUGGUCGGGGUGAAAACGUUCAGCGAUACUGUCGGAGCCGCUUGCAACGCACUGCUCCUGGAGAGGUCACCAAGACUUGAUGCAAUCGUUAUUGCGGGCGCUCUUGUAUCGUUGCAACAGAUAGACACCACCGUACGGUCAGAAGAACCAGAACGGAUCCAGGUUCAAGGCAUAUGCACAUAUCUCGGAACUGCUGGCGUUAGAUUUUGCACGUUCGACGACCUGAGAAAAUUGAUACUUUCGGGCCCUGGGUACGUCGACGAAGGAAAUGUCAAGGACUCUGAGCGUCUAACUCUGUGCAUAAAGUGAAGUCAAUGUAGAUACAGUAAGGGCUACAGUAUGUGUGCAAAAUCUCAUGAUGCCCACUUUGUUGCAUAUACUCUACUUACUUUGGCCAGAGUUCGAGAUGAGCCGCGGCGCCAUUCGUUUGGGGCUGUGAGUGCUGUGCAUGUCUGGAAACACGGUAACGGUUCCUGAUGAUCCGACAAAUCACUAUCUAUAAGCUGUAUGAGAGUGCGAAGCGUUUCAGAGUGUCUCUCCUGAUGGAUGGUGAUCAGUCUAUUAACACACCAGCGUCCGCACGGAAUGCCGAGCGUUGCUAAUCCCGAUGAGGGAGGAGCAUGACGAAUUUCAUAAAAGUGACGGUUAGGCUGUGGCUGGCCUUAAGUUAAUGU